CUAAAAAAAAAUAGAAGAGAAUCGAGCGAAUGGAAAAGUAAAAAACGACGCGAAAAGUAUUUGUGCCAAGCGUUCGCGAGAUGUGAAGUGUAAUUUGUGUUUAUGAUGAGUGUUUUCUAAUCGAAUGAUUGUUGUAAAGCAGUGUCGGUUAGCGUGUAGGAAACCGUCUAAAAAUUAGCGAACCGCCGUCGGUUCACAGUGGCUGUGUUGUUAUCCAUCUUGUCCGUAAAAAGAAAUCUUUAGCAUAAGGGUGUUGUGUUGUUCUUUGGUACCUGCUUCUCUCGAAAAGUUUUACAGCUUCGCAAAGGAAUCAUCAUACGUUCCGCACGGAAAGUGCAUGAUUCAUUCGGCAGCGCAUUUGUGAACGUGUAAAAGGGUGCCCUUCCCAAGCACGAAAAAUGGUCAACACAAUGGAAAGCUCGUACGCAACGAUGUCAAACAUUUCGCAGCACACAGAAAACUUCCCACUGCCAGAACUCACACCAGAGCAGCAGAAACUGUUGAUAGAACUGCGCCGUAAGAAACAGGAAAUUCUACUAGAAAUACAGCAAAUCAACGAUGAGCUGAACGAGGUCGAGUCGGAGAUGAAAGCACACGAAAGCAAGGAGGAGAACAAACAUUCCAACAAAGACAAACAGAUGGCGCUCGGGCGGAAAAAGUUCAACAUGGAUCCAAAGAAAGGAAUAGAAUUUUUAUACGAAAACCAACUACUGAAAACGGACGCUCAGGACGUGGCGCAAUUUCUGUACAAGGGAGAAGGUCUCAACAAAACAGCUAUCGGUGAUUAUUUGGGUGAAAAGAACGACUUCAACGAGCAGGUGUUGAAGGCCUUUGUAGAACUGCAUGAUUUUACGAAUCUUAUUCUGGUGCAAGCUUUAAGACAAUUCCUCUGGUCAUUCAGACUGCCCGGCGAGGCGCAGAAGAUCGAUCGCAUGAUGGAAUGCUUCGCCCAGCGGUACUGCCAGCUCAAUCCGGACAUCUUCACCAACACGGACACCUGCUACGUGCUGAGUUUUGCCAUCAUUAUGCUCAACACCUCGCUCCACAACCCAUCGGUCAAAGAAAAGCCUACGGUUGAACAGUUCAUAUCCAUGAACCGUGGCAUCAACAACGGGGGCGAUCUUCCACGUGAACUGCUAGAGUCCCUGUACGAAUCGAUACGUGCCGAACCGUUUAAAAUACCUCAGGACGAUGGGAACGAUCUAAUGCACACCUUCUUCAACCCGGACAAGGAAGGCUGGCUGUGGAAGCAGGGUGGAAGAUACAAAUCGUGGAAGCGAAGAUGGUUCAUCCUCAACGACAACUGUCUGUACUACUUCGAAUACACCACCGACAAGGAACCGAGGGGGAUCAUUCCACUGGAAAAUAUCGCGGUACGGGAGGUUACGGACCGCAGCAAACCGCACUGCUUUGAGCUGCAUGCGAGCGGCGGCGCGGACAUUAUCAAGGCGUGCAAAACCGACAGUGAGGGCAAGGUGGUGGAAGGUAAGCACACCGUCUACCGGAUGUCCGCCGCCACCGAGGAGGAGCAGCAGGAAUGGAUCAGCCGCCUGAACCAAUCGAUCAGCCACAACCCGUUCCACGACAUUCUAGUACAAAGGAAAAAGAAAGCCCUGGCAAAAAGUUAGUUAGCGCUGUCCUGUUUGAAGAACUAAAACAAAAUGCAGCAAAAAAUCAACAACAUACACACACGCAUAAACACACAUUCACACUAUUAAUAACUCCUACCAUCAGCUUCCGCGUCGCCCGGUCCAAACGAAGUGGCCAAAAAGAUGUGUGCAAUCAUUGCCUUUUCUGAUUUUUGCUUCAAACUGAACAUGCUUCAAGGCAACAAAAAAUUAAAAACUGGCCAUGAAAUGUUUUCAUACGUAAAAGUGCGCACUGCUGUUCAGUUAUCGCCUAAGCCAAAGUCAACAUUAAAAUCGAUCAAUUUGCUUCCAGAGAGCUGUUUGAAAAAGUAAUAAUCGCUUCCGUUUAGCUUCCCUUUUAUUCCUACCGCUACUAAUUCGUCCGGAUAUGCGAUAAUCCAUCCACUCCUCCUUACUGUGUUUGUGUUCCUUUUUGUUUUCGUGUUGAGUUCCUCGCGUACCUUAUCGGUCAAGUGCAGGAGUAAUGACGAUGAUGAUGAUGAUGGUUAUGAACGUCUAUCGGGAGAAGAAAUUAAAUAUCUAUUUGUGCAGUCAAACAACGUUAGCUUUUUAGCGGUGAGGUAGUGUUAAGUUCUGUUAGUUUACCAACCCCCCGCAUCCAGUGGUGCUGCACCGUUGCAUAGCCCCGGGUGCGGAUUAGUCUAGUGUGUAGGAUCUGUUUUCCCAACACCCCUUCUUUUGGGGACUGUUGGGAGCUGUUUUAUUUCUGUUCCGGUUUCCCAAUGAUUUGAAUCGUUAGUUUACGUUACAAACACGAUAGGAGUGUCUCUAUGUGCGUGCGUAUGUCUGAGAAAAUGGCAGAGUGAAGUAAGAGUAAACGAAUAGAGAAGCAAGUGAAUGUGAUCGAAUGUACGAGUACUAAGCGCGGGUAAAACGAUUGAUCGGUGGAUCGUGACUCUGUGAUCAUGAAAAGUAGCAAAAAUCCAGAAUCCUAGUACACAAUGCAACGACGAUAGGAUACAGCCCACACUCUGUACAGUAGUAUGAGGAAAACCCGCUUAGCAACAGGGGAAUGAUUGUUGAGACAAACAAACAAACAGGCUACUACGUUGUUUAUCCUUUCUCAUCUCUCAUCCAAAUAUACCAAACUCUAAACUUCAACACUCUGAUCUCGUAUCGUCCCUUCUAACUUGUUUCCUUAUGGUCAGCGUUUAGAUUGAUUGUUUGUGGCGGAUGUGUGUAUAGUGUGGAAGAGAAAUUCAAACAGAGAGUGAGAGUAAGACUGCAUGAGAAAGUGUAAUCGCGCUUAACAAAAAAUAUAUAUACUAAAUGCACUUCCAACGCGUUUCCAUAGCUGAAAAAUUACCGAAUACAACAAAACAAAACAGCCAAUCGCAGGUGUGCGCGCUUCUGUGUGGAACGAAAAUGAUACUAAUCAUUUGAUUUAAGCCUUCCAACAAGCCAGUGAUAUUUGCUUGAAAUUGUUAGAAAUUAGAAAACCCUACACAAACGGAACGCACGCCUAGAAAACGGUUAACGUGAGUGGUUUGUGCGCGAAAAAAUGCAUCAAGAAGAAGCAACUAACCUUUUAUUAUAUUGCAUUUCAUCAAGAAAAGCACUGCGUAGGACAGAACCUUUCAACCCCCGACGAAAAGAUGACGCGAAAGAUGGAGAUCAAUAAUUUGUACAGUUAAAUAAAAUAAAAUAUUAAAAUGCAUCUUCCACCGAGUCAGAGUGAGGUGCAAAUGUAUCGCAACGAUAGUAGCAUCUAGUUUAAAGAUGUUGAUUAAACUGAUAUUUUUCCGUGCCCAUAUGGCAUAUUGUUGUGAAAGAGCCUUUCGAAAUGUUCAGUUUAGAUUAAAAUCAGUUGAUGGUGCCUCGAUAAUUGAGGCUGGCUGCCAUCUAUAAGUAAAUUGUUUGACCGAAUUACCCCAUUGCAACUGUUGGUCUCCAUAGUUUUCCGCAUCGAUCAGUUUGGCGUAAAAAGAAAAGUGCAGAAGAGCUAAUCUAUAUAAAUCCACCGACCGAAAUUGUACAUCGGCGCAAUACAACAUAGCAUCUCAUCUUCCCUGUUUUUCCCCCCAAGCACUGUGUAUCUUUUUCCUCGUGUAUUUGUAAGCUACCAUCUACCAUCCUAUUGUGUAUAACUAUGUAUCUUGUGUAAAGGGCGGGCAUGAAAAAGCUAAAGAUAUCUUAGGAAAGUUGAAGGACAGAAGAUGCUGAGAAGAGUGUAGGCUAAAUUUACUAGUAUGUAGUGUAAAUUAAAUGAAAAAUUGGUUAAACAUGAAG